AUGACGUUGCUCGAGAAUGACCAGUUUCUGGCGGAUCUUGCGAAAUUAUUUCAGAAAGGCCGAUCUUCUGGCGUCAUUGUUAUUACUAUGAAGAGAUAUGAUGGCAGAACUAAGCCUAAACCGAAGACCGAAGUAGUGCAUCCCCAUCAGCCUGUCGAAUAUAAGUGCCUUUUCCGUGCAAAAAUUGGCAACAAGAAGAUCUCUACCGUAGUUACCGCCAAAGAAGUGAACAAGUUUCAACUUGCCUAUGCAAAUGUGCUAAAGGCAAAUAUGGACGCCCUGAAGAAGAGAGAACGGAGAGCCGCUAAGGAAAAGAGAGUUGGUGUUUCCAGCAGCAGCAGAGCUGGUGGUUUCGACGCUCAAGCUUGGACCACUUAG